UGACAACUGGGGAAAUCUAGAAACGCCAUCGGUGAACGUGUAACCAUGGAAACCAAUCGCAACUCCAUCGGAUUGUUAUUUGAUGAAAAAGCAACUGCUGCCCCGACUUGCCCACAUUUGCUGGAGGUGCCAUUUGAGAAAGAAUUAUCUGCAUCAUCACAUUACGUUGAAGCUAUAGAAUGCCGCGUCGAAAACCCAUCACGAAGCUGGGCGUAUUUGGGAAGUACGACCAGAACCCGGAACAGGCAGUAGAAAAUUACUUCGAAUCCAAAUUAAACAACAAGUGCUACAUCAAUGUCCCCGGUUGGGAUGUCGCCCGCAAUGGGUUCGAGCUUAAGGGCAUUCACAAUGACCGGGAGUAUAUGGAAAUCACCAAGGAGCAACACCGGAUGCGUGAACAGGCCCAACGGCAGGUGGUCACCAACCGGAAGCGGCUGGAGCAGACGACCGAGCUGCUGCAACGGAUGCGCGCUGAGUUUGUCGAGUUGAACGAUUUUCUCAAGGAUUGCGAAAUGAAGGAACAGGGUGCCCUGGACACGGUCAAGCGGGAAAAGGAAAAACAUGUACAGUACGAAGAAAAGAUCGCACAGCUCGAGUCGGAUCUGGAGCAGCUGGACGAGUUUGUAGUGAAGUAUGAGGAAACGAUCAAUCAAUUCGAACCGUUUGAGAAAGUAAUGGAACAGACGAUUGCCGAAUCGAAGACUUACGAAACCAUGCAAGAUCUUAUCCAGCGCUGUGAUUCAUUGUUACUAGCACAGGUGGAAAUUUCUGCCGUAGAGCAGCAAAAGAUUCAAGAAAUCGAGGAAAUUCGCCAGAACCUGUUCAAGGCAACGAAAACCGCCCUGCACAUCAUUACCGGGCUGAACAACGAUUUGUCGGAGCUUCUGACACAGUACGUUGCGGCAAAGGAGGAAGGAUUGCGCUGGGAAAAAUCGGUCACCGUCGUCAAGAGCUACAUGGUGGAGAACGAAUCGAGCAUCAACUGCCUGCUAGAUGCGAUAAAUCACGUGUACAUACUGUUGCGCAAGCGGCGCGGCUCCCAGCCGAAAGCUCCGCGCGGGGACGUCGAAACGCAGCUGGAUCACAUCAAGGAGGAGAUCGAGAUACUGCACGAGGUGCGCCGGCUGGCGGCUGCCAAACUCCGCAACGAAGGCCACAGUCUGUGUGCGGAGAAGGGUACGCAGCGACGGAAAACCGCACUUUAAGUGGAGAAUAUGUGAUAUUAGCGGCACAAAUGCGGCAACACAGACUACAGGCUAGCGGAUUUAUUUGACAACUUUGAGUUUAUUCAUUCGCCUCACGCGCGCGUUUAUUAUUGUUGUUUUGUUUGUUCGUUCAUUUUGUUUUUUGCUCCUUAGUGUGAUUUUUACUCGUAGGUUUUAAACGAUAGCAUUUAAUUUCAAUCAACCAGCUGUUCGGUGACACUUUACUCUUUCGCUACUCUGUGUCGAAUCAAUAAUGCAUAUUAGGUAAGGGGAAAAUGGUGUGUUAGAAGAGGAUCUUCUGUUUCAUGCAUAUGCAUAUAGUAUAUAUAUACGUAUUUUUCUGUUAUGUAUUUUUAGUCGCAUGUUUUGCAUGUCGCACGAGAUAUACUCAUCUAAAUGUUUCACCCACGCGAACUCAACCUUUGCGAUCUUUCGAUCUGCAGAGCCCCGCGGCCUCGUGUGUCUGUGUCUAGGCGGGCUGCAAGGGUUGCAUCAGGGCAGCCAUGCACACUAGGAAAACUUAGUAGGCUUAGCGCUUUGUCGUGUAAACUGCCCUGGUCCGUAAUUAAAACGUAUGUGAAUUAAUUUAAUAAUAAUUAUAGAUUGCAUAAAUAAGCUUAGCCCGUCUGCCAGUCGGCCGCACAAUAACGAUAAUGAUGGUGGGAUAAAAUAUUGUGACCAUUAAAAAAAACACAGGACAAAAUAAUGAUACUACCGCACACUGUAACGAUUUUUCGGCUUCCGUUUGUGCAUUUAAUGUAAAAGUCAAGUAGCAAUCCAGUUCGAAAACCAAAUCCAGUAGUGGUGCAGAGUGCAGAAAAUUUGCAAAUAAAAACUAUAUCGCGCAUAUCAACCUUUCUUCCACCUAACAAUACUGUAUUGUGUGUGUGUGUGUGUGUGUGUGUGUGUGUGUGUGUGUGUGUGUGUGUGUGUGUGUGUGUGUGUGUGUGUGUGUGUGCUUUAGCGAGAAAAGGUUUGAUUCAUUACGGUUGCUUGUACCGCAUCGUAUCGUACCGACAAGGAAUGAUGAUUUGCAUCAUUUGGAGUGCAAAUAGCGAAGGAAACCAUUCAAAACGAAGUAAAUAAGAAGCAAUACGAAGUAUCAAAACUUCCACAAAUAACAAAGAAAUCCGUCGUGUGGUUCGUCUUCAACAAAUCCUGCUGCAUUACUGUGUGCAGGGAGCAAAAUAAACGAAGAAAAAUACUGCAAUUUUGUUUGCAAACAAGGACAUUUGCAUUUGCUGCCAUCUACCAGCAACCACGUGGGACCGUGAGUGAAGCAAUCUUACCAGUGAGAUGUGCUUGCUGUAGUACUAGGAAUGCGUUCAUUUGUUUUCUCACUACUUAUGUAUAUUCCAUGCUUGCCCCUAUCUCUUCUUCCUAUGUAAACCUGCGCGCCUGUGUGUAUGUGUGUCUUUUUUCUCUUGCUUUUCGGAUGAGUACUAAGCAUUGAUUGCAUUUCUGAUAGAGAUUGGGCGGGGGUGUGAACAUUGCU